AUGCGUCGCGUUUCAGCAGGGUGGAGUUCAAGUUUUUCGUCUGUUCGUCCUUUUCUCUCUUUUUUUCUCUUGGAGAAUUUGCUUGGAGACUUGCCCACUUUGGAGGCUGGUCCCCUAGUCUUUCCAAGAUACGAGUGUCACAAUAGAAAAACGGUCAGGGUGGCCGGGACCUCUUUUAGGAGUUGGAGCUCGGGAGAGACAAGCGUGACAAGCGUAUCCGUAGGCUAG